AUGAAAUCUAAACUCAUUUUCUAUAUUUAGUUUAGUAGGGUGGGGUGUGUUUUGGAAGUACACUUAAUGUAUUUAAUGAAAGAGUUAAUGUUAAAACAUAAGUAUGUGUUCUAAGACUAGAAAAGUGUGUGUGUGUGUGUUCUUCUGCCUCUUUGAUUCUAUCCACAGAAAGAUGAUGCCUUUACAUUAGUGGGGCUAUUCUUAUCUGUGUAGAUUGAAUAUCAUAUUCUUUGUACAGGAUCAACGUUUAGUUUUUUGAGUAGGAGGAAUUGUAGUUGCCUUUUGUGGCUACAUAAAAAUUUGUUAACUCUUUGAAAGUUGCAUACUUGGUUUGGUUUCUUGGAGCGUUUCUGCUUUGUUGAGACCAGAUACUGUUUUGAGUCUCUUUUCUUGGUUUUCUUAUCUGGGUUCUUUGCUAUGUGAUGUUUUUCUUUGCAAUUUAGGCAUCUGGGUGCUUGUUUAGGGUUUUGGCAUCCGGGUUUUUUAAGAUGCAGGGCUUUCUGGGUUUUUGCUUGCUGUUUGUGGAGUUCUUUGGAUUCUUGAAGUUGAAAUUUAUCUCCAAGUUUGUCUUUUUUCUCAAAGAGUUAAUGUAGGCAUGGACUUGUGGAGGUCUUUGGAUGGGCAGGAAGGUGGGUGGAUUCUCAGAUGGUGAGCACAUCAUAAUUUUCUGGUCAAUUUUAAAGCCAAGAGCUAGAGAUUAGAGUAGAAUCUGGAUUGAAGUUUUCUUGGAUUGGAUGGUGCUUGGAAAUCUUCUUUUGUUUAUUGUUGGCAUUUUCAGCUACGCAUCAGGCGCAUUUGUAGGAAUAAAUCUUGGAACUGAUGUUUCAAACAUGCCAUCGGCUCCAGAUGUGGUUUCAAUUCUUAAAGCCAAUCAGAUUACUCAUCUGCGCCUCUAUGAUGCUGAUGCCCACAUGUUGAAAGCCCUUGCAGACAGUGGGAUUGAAGUAAUGAUUGGUGUUACAAAUGAGGAGGUCUUAGGAAUUGGAGAAUCUCCAUCAAAAGCAGCAGCAUGGAUCAAUCAAAAUGUUGCAGCUUACUUGCCUUCAACCAGCAUUACAGCCAUUGCAGUUGGCAGUGAGGUUCUUACCUCAAUCCCUAAUCUUGUCCCUGUUUUGGUUCCUGCCAUGAACUACCUCCACAAAGCCCUUGUUGCUUCAAAUCUAAAUUUUCAGGUCAAAAUUUCAACCCCUCAAGCCAUGGACAUUAUCCCAAGGCCCUUCCCCCCCUCAACUGCCACCUUUAAUUCCUCAUGGAGCACUACAGUUUAUCAGAUUCUUCAGUUCUUGAAAAACACAGACUCGUACUACAUGUUAAACGCAUAUCCAUAUUUUGGAUACACAUCUGGAAAUGGCAUUUUCCCUCUUGAUUAUGCUCUCUUCCGAUCACUUCCCUCGGUCAAACAGAUUGUUGACCCCAACACUCUUUCUCACUAUGACAGCAUGUUUGAUGCUUUGGUUGAUGCAACCUAUUAUUCUAUAGAAGCUCUGAAUAUGUCUGGGAUCUCAAUUGUAAUUACAGAAACUGGCUGGCCUUGGCUUGGUGGAGCCAAUGAACCUGAUGCCACUGCAGAAAAUGCUGAGACCUUCAAUAGUAAUUUGAUUCGGAGAGUUCUAAAUGAUUCAGGGCCACCUAGUCAGCCAAAAGUUCCCAUCAACACAUACAUUUAUGAGUUGUUCAAUGAAGACAAGAGGCCUGGGCCCGUGUCUGAGAAAAACUGGGGAUUAUUUUUUACCAAUGGCAGUGCUGUUUAUACUUUUAGUUUGAGCACUUCGAAUCAAAUUACUGGAAAUAAUUCUGAUUUCUGUGUUGCGAAACCAAAUGCGGAUCCUGGUAAGUUGCAAGCAGGGCUGGACUGGGCAUGUGGGCAAGGAGGGGCUAACUGCGAUGCUAUCCAAGAAGGGAAACCAUGCUAUCUUCCUAAUACUUACCAGAACCAUGCAUCUUAUGCUUACAAUGACUAUUAUCAAAAAAAGCGUUCUGUUGGUGCAACAUGCGACUUUGAUGGUACUGCUGCAACGACUACGGUUGAUCCCAGUUAUGGAUCCUGUAAAUUUACCGGGAGUUCAACUAUCACGCCGAACUCAAAUGGAGGAUUUACAACAACUGUGGCACCUGGACCCGUGACUCCUCAAGGAGGGAGUGCGACUGUGAACCUGCCAGUUUCAAAAAUUCAGUUUCUAAUAUCAGCAGUGUUUCUUGCUCUAGUCUUGCUUUGACACCUAGGUCCAUCCAGUUUUGCAUCUUGUUAGUUGUUUCAACAAGUGGUGAAGAUCAUUCCCUCACUGAAAAUGAUUACAAAUGCACGAUGUACACUGAUUAAAUAAUAUAUAGGAAUGUUCAUGUGUUGUUAUUUGGUUCCA